UAUAUAUCUAUAUUUGCUUCUGAAUCAAUUAAUGUGCAGAGCAGGAUGUACUUCGUGUGAAUAUCUUUUAUUAGUUGACCUAAAUCUUACCUUGCCUGGCUUAAGUUAGACUCAUCGGACAUUAAUAACUUCCUUGGAAUUGGCUUACCCAGCUAGACAGACAGACUACGAUGCUAGUCACGACUAGGUAGAUAAAUCACCAAAAAUCAUCUUUUUUCUCUGGAACGAUCAAUUUUAGUUGCAAUUUACAAUUUGAGUUAUGAAUCUACCAAAUCUAGCUCUCGCACAAUGCUCAUUACUUUAAUUCUCCCCAGAUUUUAAGGUAUUCGGUAUUUCCUUCUAUUCUUAUCAAAUCGAACGAACUUGCCUGCCUCCUCCCUCCCUCUUCCAUACAAAACCAGAUACACAUCCACCAUACAUCCUUUCCUCUUAACCUCACACGACACCACGACUUUCAGCAGAACAUCUACCUACCACUCUCCAAACAUCCCAAGAGCACCUUAACCGAUCCAUUCACAGCAUGUUCAUGAAGAAAUUUACUCGUGGUCAAUAGCGGCCAAGCUCCAAAGGAUAAUUUUCACUUGUCAAGAGGAUUCCCUUUUUCCAAGUACCAACAUACGUCAGAGAUCCCUACCUGAAGGAUAUACUUAGCUCCCUCAAAAAGCAAAUAUUGUCAAACGACGAUCCGUACUCACACCACUUUAUAACACUACGACCCUCAAUAACAUGGCUGAUGAAUUAGUCGCAAAAAUCUCCCGACGUUCGACAAGAAUUUUCGCGACAGAACAAGAAGUUAUGCAGUCAGGAAACGCAAGUGCCGUAGGCAUCACAAUGGUCCCUCACGAGGCCAGGUACAGCAGCAGUCAAGAUGAGAAAGACAGGGAAAAGGAAAAGGACAAGAAGCAUAGAGAGGCUCGAAGCACAUCCCACCAAACCCCUCUCAAAAGUGCCGAUGUUGGAAAGGAUCUUGGUACAUUGUUCCCUGCCAAAAUCGAAACAAUUGCAACACAAGCAACCAAAUCCGUUGACACUACCAAAGCUUUGGCCAAGGAGAAGCAAAAGGAUAAAGAGAAGGAGAAGGAGAAGCAUGAUCUUAACUUUGGUGUCAUUGCUCCAAAUGCAAUUUAUCGUAGCAGCUUCCCCCAACAAGAGGACUUUGAGUAUCUAGGAACUCUCGGGUUGAAAUCUAUCGUCACGCUCGUAAAGAAAGACUUCCCUCCCGAAUUUCUCGCAUUCAUGGAGGCUCAUGGCAUACGUCAUUAUGUAAUCGAAAUGCAAGGAACCAAAAAGGUCGACAUUCCCGAGCAUAUCAUGAACCAAAUCAUGAGAAUCUCUCUUGACAAGGAAAAUCAUCCUUUGUUGAUCCAUUGCAACCAUGGCAAGCAUCGCACCGGUUGUGCUGCUGCCAUUAUUCGUCACGUCUCUGGCUGGAGUGUUGAGUCUAUCGUUGAAGAAUACAAGGCUUUCGCCGCACCAAAGGCUCGUGAUGUCGAUAUCAAAUACAUCACUGAGUAUCACGUUUCAAGACUCAGUGGUCUCGAUCGUAAUCAGUCAGUUCAACCAACUGCCCCCAAAUCCUUCAAGAAAGCUCGUCCUUUCGCUCUUGCGGUCUUGCUUAUCUGGAUCUACAUGAACUUGAUGAGAUUUUGGGAUCACUAGCUGGAUACAUGCCAACCAAUUCUCUAUGGUGUUUGGGUACAUUGGGUGGGACUGGUAUCUUUUGGGAUAGGGCAUUAGAAAGACAUCGGUUAUGCAGUGCGCGUUAAGACCGAUGCGAUUCGGAGUUUAAAGGGUGGUAUUGGAUUACGGCCACCGCGCCUCACUUACAUACUCAAGUUAGAGUACAGCAUUCUUAUAAUAU